AUGGUAUUGUCACUCAAUUGUUUGAUUCUAGGACAAGCUUCCGAUAAAAGUUUCACUCAAGACAUAGGCGAAAAAUAUUGCGAUGAUAGUGAUGUUGAAGUCGAGUUUUCCGAUUUUAAAGUUUCACACUUCAAAGAGAAGCUCUUUCAUGAGCAGAUCAUAAAAAAUAUAAUUCAAGAAAAAAAUGAAAUGGAACUUUGGAAAGUUAACAGUCAGAAGGUUGUAGAAGAAGAAAACAAUCUUAAAGAUUUUACUGAAAGUGACAUCGAAGAUAAACUCGGAGGCAAAAAGAUGGACCCUCGAUUCUUGCUUAAAGAUUAUUUUAAGGCUAAGGAAACUAAUAUACGGGACAUCCAUGUCUUCAUUGUUUCCAGCUCCACUGAUUACCUAUAUAAAAGACCAAGGCUUGAUUUUAAUAACAUUCCUUUAGAUUUAGGACAGUCUCCUACGCAACUUUUACAUACUGGCGGAUGUUCUUGGGAUUAUCAAGAAUCAUCUGAGUUGGAACAAGAAUUGAGAAAAGAAGUUCGGGGGCUAUAUAACGUGUUCAAAGAAAAUAAACGUGAAAAAACAAACACACCGAUCUUUUUUAUGACAUCUGGUGCCGGAUGUGGUAAAUCUCGUAAUGCUACAGAGUUACCUAAAAUUCUCCGUAAAAUAUUCAAAGAUGAUCCAGAAUUGGAACCUCGUUUUCAAGAAGCACUCAUCAUCAACAUCUCUUUUGAAAAUGGUACAAGAAUCAACACGAAAGAAGAAUGCAAUGCAAAUGAUGUAAUUGCUAAACGAAUGCUAUACCAGCUUCAGAAUCAAGGCCUCCACUGGGUCAAUAUUCGUGAUGAUAAGCAGCCCCUUUCAACUAUUAAUAUUCUUGAGAGAUGUGCUAAAGAAAAAAAGGUAGCAAUAAAGGAACUGACUGUGAUCCUCGUUGUUGAUGGAUUACAAACUGCUCUAAUUAAUCCAGAUGAUGGCAUGAAAAAGGAUUCGUUAUUUUAUUCUUUAAUGACGGAGAUAUCCGUUCUUGUCAUAAAUAAACAAUCACCCUUGAUUAUUGCAUGUUGCACAGCAACUUUAGCACGUCCAUUCCAUGAAGUUGUGCAAGUUUCUCAUCAAAAGCGAGUUUUCCUUCAAAUUCGUUCUUUAGAUUCUCCUAAAGAAAAGAACGAGCCAGUCUUUAAAAAUACACCUCUCCUUAAUAUGUUAGUAAGCGAUAUGGGCGGAAAUGGCAGAGCAUUAGAAGCACUUCAAUCAGCUAUAAAAGGGGUAGAUUUUGAAAAUUCCAGCUUUCUUUCAAUUGCGGAACAAGUAUAUUAUAAACUUAAGGAUCACUAUUGUGAAUGGAUUAAUUAUACUCGUUAUCUAACACCUGUUCUUCGAGCUAUUAUGACGCACACCAAGUUGGUGUUAUCAGCUCCUAUUCCUGGCACAGAUAUUUUACCGGAAGAACUCUCAAAACUAGGGCUGGUCAAAUUGGAGAAACAAGAUGAUCUGAGCGAUAAAGGAACUUUAACAUGUCCAUAUAUCUGGUUGUGGCUAAUGGCAAAUGCAUCAGGUGAUAGUAUUCUACGUAAUUGGAAUUUUAAGUAUUAUAGUGAAAUUCAGAAUAAGGAGGACCCAACCAUUCCUCCUGGUUGUCAAUUUUGGCAACAUUUCAAACAUUUCAUUGCCUCUUUUCGUGUCCUUAAAUCAAAUGUAUUUGAAAUUAAUCAAGAAAUAGAAUUACAAGAUAUUCAUGCUGGCGCGAGACAUAACUUUGGCUCAGCUACCAUUAGGAACGUACCACUAUCAUUGAAGAGAGCUAUCCGGCGAGAAAGUACCAAAUCAAGUGCCUAUUCUACCAAUAAAACGGUAACUUGCAAGGAAGGUGAUGAUCAAAUUGAUAUUGAUCUCACAGAUGCAUCUGUCUGCAUCAUCAAUGGAUGGAGUGCACCUGCUGGCGAUUCAUUUUGUCCAAUUUAUCUUGCAGGCUCUACUCAACAGUCUCAUACAGUAUUUCAUACAGAAUGCCAUCAAUACAAGUGCUAUGAGUCAACAAUAGUGAACCAAACAACGUUUAAUGAGGAGUAUAAAAAAGCAAGUGAUAAAGGGGAUGUUUUUUUAUUUUACACUCGUGGGCCUUCCAAUGUACCGAAUUUACCACUAUUGUCUGCUAUUGUUGACCGUAAUAAUUGGAAGUUGUAUUUUGGUCCCUUUGUAGGAAGGGCAUUCCUCUUAACGCGAAGUGAUAAAUUCAACAUCAACAAUUGCUCAAAAUCUGAGAUGACAUCAAUCCAUGGGAUAGGCUCUAAACGUGCCGAUCUUUUGAUGAGUAAUAGACCAUAUCGCGAUCUAGAAGAUUGCAUUGCCAGAACUAAUAUUCCCUGUAACUUCUUGAUUAAUUUCCAAUUCGGCGCAACUCCUUCAUCAACUUCACCAAACUAA